AUGGGUGUCUGUGCCUCUUGCCUUGGCGGAAAUCGCCAUGAGUCUCCUGAGCCCGAGUCAUCUCGUCUGCUCGACGACGACCCUUAUCAAGCCGGUUAUGGCUACGGGGCGCUCAACCACGCACAGCAGACUAGCCAACCGGAUCCGGAAUACGUGAGGCGCGAGAGGGAGGCCUUGGAUUCUAUCUGCCAACGAACUUCAGACUCGGUAAUUGAUAUUUGGUCCCUUCAACCUCAACCACAUCUCCAACCUCAAGCAACCCUCCACACACCCAUGUCUGCAUCUCCGGCCCAGUCACAGAAAGGCGACUCUACAAUCAUCGCCUCUGCAUCUCGCUCAACUUCAAGCCGUCCUUCCUCCGGCGCCGACGGCAAUGUACCCAAACACUGGGGUGAAGUGAUCGUCAAUCCAAACAAGAAGCGCUCCCGACCCGACAUGAAGGCCGAUAUCAAGGUUAAGCAUGAUGUAUUCGGGGUCUUGAACGUCAACUAG